CAUAAAGCAUUUCUGUCUUUCUCUCGGGAUCAGAGCAGAGAGAGGGAGAGAGAGAGAGGGAGGGAGAGAGAGAUGGUUGGGCCAGAGAGGCCGCAGUACGUGCUGUUCGGGUCGUCCAUAGUCCAGUUCAGCUUCAGCAACGGCGGAUGGGGCGCUUCUCUCGCCGACUUGUACGCUCGCAAGGCAGACAUAAUCUUGAGGGGGUACUCCGGAUGGAACUCGAGGGGCGCACUGGAAGUCCUGGAAAAAGUCUUCCCAAAGGAUGCGGCCACGCAACCAUCCUUGGUGAUCGUCUAUUUCGGCGGAAAUGACUCAAUGCGGGCUCACCCAUCUGGUCUUGGCCCUCAAGUACCGCUUCCCGAGUACAUUGAGAACAUGAGGAAGAUUGCCAUAUAUCUCAAGCAGAGCCUGUCGGAUUGUACCCGCGUCAUUUUUCUAAGUGCUCCACCUGUCAAUGAGGAGAAAAUUCGCGAAUCCUUUAGCUGGAUCAGCGGGAAGUUUCAAGAUAUACGUCGAACAAACCACGCAUGCCACGUAUACUCGGAGGCCUGUUUAGAGCUGUGCAGGGAGAUGAACGUCAAGGCUGUUGAUCUAUGGACUGCAAUACAGAAGAGGGACGAUUGGGCUACGGCAUGCUUUACGGAUGGUAUCCAUUUCUCCUCGGAGGGAAGCAAGAUCGUGGUGGAGGAGAUAUCCAGAGUCCUCAAGGAGGCUGACUGGGAACCGAGUCUUUAUUGGGAGUCGAUGCCCACUGAAUUCGGAGAGGAUUCACCUUGUUAGGUCCCGAUUGCAGGACCACCAUGAACCUGUCGGAGAGCAACUUUCAAACAAGUAACCACUGUAGUAAAUACUAGAAAACCACUUUGUUUGCCUUAGAGCUCUGCUCGUCACAACAAGAGACUGUCAUAGCCUCUGAGAGCAGAGAGCGAUUUCAACUGCUUUCAACUGGGUAUUUUGUCCUCCUAAUCUGUGCUCCUUCCUGGAUAAUCGUCGGUUUCUCCAUUCUUUGGGCUUA